GUGCCAUCAUGAUUCCCAAGUUGUCCUAUCGAGUUUAGGCAACACACGUAGUAGCACGCUGUGACACGCCAGAGGAUGACAGCCUGUGUUUGGCUUGGAUCACACGCAACGAGAUAAGAGCACGGUUUAUCCUGGUCUAUCCCAGGAAUUUUGGUCCUCUUAUCUCCAAUUGCAGCCAAUGACGGUACGCUCUCAGCUUCAUUUGAGAUGACUAUAUAUUCGGCAGAAUGCACUUCAACCCCGCACACCAGGUUUUCUCCUUCAGAUAAAAUGACCAAGUAUAAUGAUACCGGCAUUGUCACUGAGUCUAUCAGUGUCAAUAGUCAGGAUGGCAUCUCCCCCGUUCACCGAGAAGAUAAUAUUCUCCUCCAGAAGCUUGGCUACAAGAGCCAAUUUAAACGAGAAUUCUCGCUGCUAGAGACGAUCUCAUUCUCGAUGGCUAUCAUGGCUGCCUCUUGUGGAGUCACUACCGGAUAUUCCUAUCCUUUGCUUUCAGGAGGCCAUUUUGCCAUGGUAUGGGCAUGGCCCAUAGCAUGUGCAUUCGUCAUGUGUGUUGCUGCCUCGAUGGCAGAGCUGGCUUCUUCCAUGCCAACAAGCGCUGGGCUGUACUAUUUCUCAGCGAAAAUGGCUUCGAAGGAACGGUCCGCUCUUGCGUCUUGGAUAACCGGAUGGAGUAACAUCACAGGGCAAGUAACGUUGAUUUGCUCCAUUGACUUCAGUUGCACGGAACUCAUCACUACAGCAAUAGCAAUGAGCACGGACGGCGCAGUGGUCUUGGGGUCGGGUGCAACAUUUGGCAUACUAAUGGCUAUCCACCUCACACAAGCUAUUUUCUGCUCAGCCGGGACUCGUAUUCUCGCCCGAACGACAGUUGUGACUAUGGUACUCAUCCUAACUACAUCGAUUGGGGCAACUAUCGCCUUGCUCGUUUGCUCCGGCGAUCAGAGAGCCUCGUCGGUAGAUGCAUGGACAAAGUUCGAGAACAAUACCGGAUGGAGCAAUAAUGUCUGGGCUUUCAUUCUCGCUUUUACAUCACCAAUGUGGUCAUUGACAGGCUAUGACUCUGCUGCGCAUAUCGCUGAGGAAACCGCAGGAGCUGCACGUGCAGCACCUAUUGCAAUUUUGGUUGGGGUCCUCGGAACCGAGAUCCUGGGCUGGCUUUAUUACAUCGGUGCUUCUUAUGCUACCAACUCGGUUCCAGACAUCUUGCAGUCGAAAUUAGCGCUUCCUCUUGGCCAAGUGUUUUUGAAUGUCAUGGGGAAGAAAGGCGCCCUGACCCUUUGGUGCUCUAUCAUAGUGUUGCAGUACCUUUGCGGAUGCUCACAAGCUGUCGAUGCCUCACGUGUCAUUUUCGCAUUUUCUCGGGACAACGCUCUGCCUGGCUCGCGAUGGUGGAAACGCAUCAAUCACACGACGGGGAGUCCGGUUAAUGCUGUAUGGUUUGCGAUGGUGCUCUCUGCCAUUUGUGGGACAUUAGUAUUUUCUACAGCAGCAUUUAAUUCAUUGGCUUCGGCGUCUGUAAUAGGUUUAUAUAUCUCAUACGUGACGCCUAUCUACUGUCGUGUCACCUGGGGAAAGGAAAAGCUACAGCCCGGUCCAUUCAAUCUCGGUUGGUGGUCUUUUCCGAUCGGCUGGAUAGGUAUCUCCUGGGUAGCAUUCAUGGUCGUCAUGCUGCUCUUUCCGUAUACACAGACAGCAAAUGUGCAAACCAUGAAUUACUCGAUAGUGAUCGUCAUGGCCGUCUUUAUAUUUGCUGGAGGGUCAUGGAUAUUCUCCGCGAGACAUUGGUUCACAGGACCCGUUCCGAACAUCGACCGGCAGAGCGACUCAUCGUCGUACUCGGAGAAACAUAACACGGAGUCAAAUAGUCCGAGGAUAUAAUAUAU